AUGUGCUCAAAAUUUUUAUAUAUCUUCACUCUGAUCAUAGCGGCCUUGUGCCGCCGCACAACCUCCAUAGAAUUGCCCAGCCAUGCAGUGAGUCAAAGUGGGCGGGGCCUAUUCACAGACAAUGCCGUGUCGCGGACCAUGCAUCAUGUGCUCAAUCAUUGCCUAAAUCAGGAUGAUGUGCUGUGGUGUUUUAAAAUACAAGGAGCCAAACUUUUGGGACGUGCUCUAAAAUUCCAGAACAUCAACAUCAUCGAGGGUGUGGCCUUGGUUAAGAAAAACGAUACAGAGCUGAGGAAUGGCCGCUCCAGUGUUAUGGAUAUGAAAUUGAGUAACCGGGACUUGGAAAAUCUUUCCAUGAAAAGUUUGGACUCUCUGCUAAUGGAAAGGCUUGGCUCAUUUGUCAAAUCCCGGCAGCUGCAGUUUAAUUUGCCUCGCCUUUUAAGCUUUGGCAAGAGCAGUGGACAGGCAUGGUGGCAGACCAUUGUGGAUUUCUUUGCCACAACAACGGCCAAGGCCAAUGAGGCAGCCGAUGAAAUGAUAAGUGGAGAGGAGGAGGGCCGCAAGAAAAAGGAUGAUAAAAAAUAUUUGGGACCCUUCAUUGCGGCGGUAAUGCUGAAGGCGGCUAUACUCAAAAUGGCCUAUCACUCAAUAGCCAUAGUGGCUGGCAAGGCAUUGAUUGUGGGAAAAAUUGCCCUUAUUAUUAGUGCCAUUAUAGGUCUGAAGAAAUUGGUCUCUAGCGAAGGCGGUGAAAAGACCACUUACGAAAUUGUGAAGCAUCCUCAAGUGCAGCAAAGUCACACUUACUCCUCGAGUCACCAGAACGAUUAUGAGGGUGGGCAUGAGGGCAGCUCCUAUCACCGCAGCAUAGAUGAUGAAAUGAUGAUGCAGGAUAAGGCGUAUAAUGCCUGGGUGCCCACAACAUCGUAG